UAUUCUAAAAACUAGAAAAGUUUUUAGUCACUUUCUAUGAGAGAAUUGAACAGAAAAGAUUAAAAGGAUCUUACAAAUAUUAUAUUUUUUUACAAUUAACUUAAUCUGAUGAACAAUUAAAUGGCAAGCCGCGACAAAAACAAAAGAGGUCGAUGCGUCCUGGAGCAGCCUUCCCAUUCCACCAUUGACUCCUGUGCCUUGGACCGCACUUCCUCCAAAAUCCAGCACACUCGGGAACACGUGGAGAAUCUAAAGCAAAGGAUCGACCAUGAGCUGGACAAGCUUAAGAAAUUCCGGGACUACUUUGUGGAAGUCGGAGACACGGCUAGAAGUAGCCAGAAACCGGUAUUGAAGGUGCUCCAAAAGAAGCAUAUGACUUGGCGCGAGAACCUGGAAGCCAAUCGGACGCGGAGGAAUCGUCAGGGUGUUUCUGACCAAAACAAGACCGAUAGGUACAAGGUCGUGGCCCUUAAGUCAACGCCGGAAUCCGGGAACUCUGAAGAAAAGAGCCCACCACAGCCCAAUUCCAAGGAUGAACUGUCGUCGGAGAAGAGACCGAGGGGCGGUUGGUGUUGGUGUUGUGGCCAGUGCAGUUAUCCGUGCACCGUGUACCAGUCUAGUUAUGGCGAUCCAUGCCACGGCUCCUGCAACUGCAACUGCGAUGCCAACGGAUGUUGCAACUGGAAUGCGGAACAGCAGCGACGGUGUUCGAUGCAAUAUUGCAGGGAAGUGUCUCCCAUGCAGGAGUGCCAGUUCGGAAUACCCUAUCGAGUCUUUCCCAGGCGAACCAUUACCGAUCUGAAUACUCAGGAAUAUUGCAGAAAUGCCAAAGAGACUGCCGCCAUGAAGCUCGAUCGUGCCAAGAAAAUCGAUAAAAAAUGCCAAAUGGCUCCUUCGGGAAGCAAGCGAACGGAGUCCAAGAGUCCCACCUGGGGGGCUAAGUUAAAACAAGAUCAAAAAUGUAAAAAAAAUACAAAAAUAGAUCAGGAGAAGAAAUGUAAGGAUCUGUUUGAGAAGUCAGUGAAAAAGGAGCAGAAGGACACCCGGCAGCGGGAUAGAAUCAUCAAGCAUGAGAACUACGAGAAUUACAUCAAAAUGUAUAGAAAAGAGAACUCCCGGGUCAUGGCCCCCGAGUGUAUGGACCAAAGUGGACCCUAUCCUCGUGUUGUGGUCCAGGAAACCCUGCACCAGGUGGAAAAGAGUCGUGGAAGGAAUCAAUCCGAUUUUCCAUCCGCUGCCAUCGACUCUGAUCAAAUUAUGGAAAAGCUUGAGAAGUGGAUGGACUACAGGGAGCUUCGAAGUCGUCCGCCAUCCGAAGAGGAACCCUGUUGUUGUAAGGCUUGCAAUGAAGUCCGUAGCCUGCCCAAGCUGGGAGGGGCAAAAUCGGAUAUGAUACAGUUUCCCUGGUGCACGGAUGAGUGUACAGCAGAGAAGGAUCCAUGUGAUGCCUAUCAAGAGAACAGUGGUGAGAGCAUCAAUGAAGCCAUCCACAAAAAGUGUCUAGAAGAUAUGGCCUGUAAGCCCACAAUGGAGCGUAGUUACUUUAUGGAAGAAGGACCAACUGGUCCUUGGCCUGAGGAGGAGUGUCUAACCCAAAAUAUAAGUAAUCCUCCAAUAUCUCGCACUUAUUACAAGCAUUGCAACUCCACGAUUGAGGACGAAACUCAUCAGGUUGUUAGCAAGGAAACCAUUGUGAGACAAAAGCCGCGGAAUGAAAGACAAUCGGGUCAACCCAGAUUAGGAUCAAGGGCUCAUCAGUACAGGAGUGAUUGCUUAGCAAGGAAGCCUAAUUGUCUUAAGGAAAGUCCCACCCAAACGGAGCCCCAAAAUAUGAUCGAAAAGGCUCUGCAAGUUAAUUUGGUUAGGAAGUGUCUUAGGGAUCAGGCUGGAAGUCAGGAAUCGACCCCACCAAGUCAAAAUGCAUAUGGUUUCCGAAGUGGAUCUCAAUUUACACGCAAAUAUGAAAACCAAAAUCACAAAAGUGAAAAAGAUUGCGGGUAUUCCUCGAGAGCUUAUGAAAAUAAAAAAAUUUCUGGAGAGGCUAGUGUCAAAAAUUCAAGGCACUACAAGGAGUGCGAGGAUAUCAAAAAAGAGCAGUCCAAACACUAUAGGAAAGAAAAUAAAUCUUCCAGCAAUAAUUACAAGAUGGAAGGACCUUGCGGAUUAAAAGAAUCGGGCUACCAGCGAGGAGCUAGGAAGGAGCAACUCAACACGACUUUUGAUAGACCGCCUAGCGAGUUAAGGAGACAACGGUGGGAAUCCUCUCAAGCCACCUUCGAUAUGCCUCGGGCCAACCUCAGCCAUGAGACACAGAUUUUUCAGAAAGAGAUCUGUAAAGGACCAAACAAAUGCGUUGUGUUUGAGAAGGAGGCUCCAACUGCUAACGAAUGUCAAGUCCCAUCACAGCAAAGUCAUUAUAGAUCCCAAAAGCAACCUAAGCGGAAAGAAAACUACAGGGAUUGCAAUGAGAAAAGAAGACAGGAUCCUUGCAGUCAAAGUACUAAACAUAUUCCAGAAUAUUCUCAAGAAUUACAAGGAAUAUAUAGUGAUUCCUAUGGCCCUUCCAAUCAGAAGACAGCCCCGCCUUGUAGGCCUUUUAAUCAGAAAAUCAGAAGGGAUCCUACUUUUCCGUCAUUUCCAAAUAAGAGCGAUUGUGAAAGACAAUACAUCGAGUGUAUGAGAAGGGAGUCAGCUACCCAAACACUUCAACCUAGUCCAGGAAAGUGUCUGGAUACCCGAGCCAUCCAGAACCAAAGGGAGCCAAAGGAAAUGAGUUCCGACUCCAAUUUUGAUAUAUGCUAUCAACUGAACUACCACCCUUCUGAGUACUUCAUUAGGUGUCCCCCAGAAUAUGAAGAUGCAUUCGAUGGUGGACAGAACUGUCUAGGAUAUAAUUAUUCGUAUCAUCCAAAUCCUUACGAACCAUGUCAGCCUCAAAGCUAUUACUGUGACCCCUUUGAUGAUCCAUGUGGUGAUCAAGGGCUAUAUGUUGAUGAAUGUUUGGAUCAUGGACCGUCUAGAGAUUAUCACAAAAGUAUGAGGAAAGGUAGAUCUCCAGACCAUUCUCCUAAAAAGGGAAAACCAAGAUCAAAUAGCGAACUAGCCCAUAGUCCUAAAAGGGGAGAAGUAUGUGAAGAUUCGAAGGAAAGAGGACAUUCAAGAGCAGCUCCCAAGUAUUCAAAUAUAAAUGUGGAAAGGGCAUUAGUACAAGAGGGAUCUCAAAAGGAUAAUUGCAAGGAGUUUCCUAGAAGGAGUGCCUAUCAACAGAACAGGGAAAGAUCUCCCUAUAAAGUAAGAGACACUUCCCUUAGUCCUUCCUCAAAAAUUAGAAUAAGAGACUCAUACAAGAACAUGAAACCACAAUCAUUUGAGAAAGCCGAUAAGUAUGAAUCUUCUAGAGAUAGAAAUAAGCAAGAAUAUUGCAGAGAAGACACACAUAUUAAUCCUGGAUCUUCUAGGAGAGAAUGUAGUCCUCAAAGACCUCCAAAUGAGCCCAAACUAUCUUCCGGUGCGGGUUACUUCAACAGGAAUAUGGAAGAGUCGGAAGUAAAUGACAAGCAUCUAAAACCAAAAUUAUGUAGGGAACCAGAGAGUCAUAAUAAGCAUGCAUCUUCUAGGGAAGCUGAUAAGUAUAAUAAACAGAAAUCUUCCAGAGAAGGCGAUAGACAUAAGAAUGAAUCUUAUAGAGAAGACGAUAUGUGUAUCGAAGAUGAACCUUCUAGGGAAAAAUACAGACUCCAAAGACAUACAAAUGAGUUAAGAUCUUCCCGGGGUGCAGGUUCCAAUAUAAGCCAUGCAGCCGUUGAUUAUUUCAAAAGGGAGGUAGGAGAAUCCUUAAGAAAAGUCUCCUACAAGGAUAUACAACCAUUUGAAGACGAUAGGCAUAAUAAAUCUUCCAGAGAAGGCAAGAGACAUCAGCAUGAAUCUACUGGAAAGGACAAUGAGGAAAGACAGUCUUCUCGAAGCAUUAGUCCAACAAAAAGACAAUCUCUAAUAAAAGAAACUCAUAAGGAUAUGAAACCCGAAUCAUUCAGAGAAGCAGAUAGUCGUAGUCAGCGUGGAUGUUCUGGAGGAGCCGAUAGACAUAAGCCAGAAUCUUCUCGGCAAAGACUCCCAAAUGAGGAAGGGCAAUCUCCUCCAGCGUUUUCAGAAACCAGGUAUCCAACAGAGCGCAGAUCCCCUUCCAAGAGAUCUUUCAGGGAAGAAUCUCCAGAAAAAAGAGUUUUCAACAAUUUACGAUCAACUUCAAGAAGCACUAGCCCGAUAUUACAAUCACUAAUGGAUUCGUAUAAGAAAUGCAAUCCAGACUCUCACAGAGAAGGGGGUGGAACACCGCUAGGUCCGAAUGAUUCUUAUAGGAAAUUUAGCCAAGAAAUAUCUAAUUCUGGGAGACAAAGAUCUCCCGAGCAAAAAAAAGAUAAAGGUGGAACUUUCAGAAGAUCUAGUCCAACCAAAAGUCUUCUAGACCGUGACGAUUCCAACAGAACCUUGCGACAAGAGUUAAUGAAUAAGGCUUACAAGUUACUUAAUCCGGAAUCCUCCCCAAGACAAGGGAAUAGGUUCAUUAAUCAGGAAUUAUUCAGAGAAGAAAUAGCAGCCCCUGAGUCCAAUUUAUUUAAAAAUUCCCCCAAUGCUUCUUUCAACUUCAUAGGCGAAGAAAUGGUAAAUAAAUCCAACAGGUACAAGGAGAAAUUGGCUUCUAGGAACUCCAGUCCAAGUAAAAGCCUCGUGGCACUUGAUGAGAUGAGAGAAUCAUUGCUAGACGAGUCCUACAAGAUGCUGCCAGAGUCCCUAAAGGAACCCAAGACGCAUUUACAUGAAGAACCAGCUGUCCACGACACUGGCCCCCAUUCCACCAUAAAAAAAGGAUCAAAUUAUCUAUCAAAUGAAGGAGUGAAAGACAGAACUAGUAGACAGAGUAGUCGCUCUCGAAGCUCCAGUCCAUUUAAAAGAUACGAAAGUGGAAAUGAUCUAGGACGUAGAGACCCCCACAGCAGGCUUCCUGGCACUUCCCGACAGGCCUUUAGCCCCCAAAGAAGUCAACAUGUAUCCAUAGAAGCAAUACCUAGGGAUAUGGAUAGAGGAAUAAGGGAAUCAGUAUUGACCAACUCCUGCAAACAAAUAAGUCCAAGACAGGCAUCUCCAGCAGAAUCCCGAAGCACUAGUCCUCUUGGAAAUCAAUCUUUAAGGUGCUCCUCGGAGGAACGUGGUGAUUCCCCGAGAUAUCAAGGACAUUAUGCGCAGUCUGAUGAAGGAUCCAAUAAGAGGAAGUCCUUCAAACCAGUCAGUAAAAGGUCAUCCAAAAAGGUUCAUCAUCCUAUUAAUGAAUGUAGACCUGACGAGAGUUACAAACAGUUGAAGCAAAAACCUCCUGUUUCUAAACCGCGGCCUUCAAGUAGUCCGGCCUCCGAUCGUGGUCCUAAAUCUGCUAGGUCAUCCAGUGCAAGGUCAAAGUCUCCUGGGUCCAACGACUCCCAAAGAAGAAGCCGUAAAGAAUCACCUAAAGGAGGACAUAAGAAUAUGCCAUUAAAAUCGCCUAAGAGAGGCAGUCAAGGAUCUUCCAAAGGGUCACAUGAACCCAAAAAUAAGAUGUCAAAGCCCUCUCAGGAAGUCAGUUACGUAUCUUUCAAAGGAUCACCUGUACCUUCGAAAUCCCAUGGGGUUAAGUGUCGUCCACCUUAUGAUAGAGACGCAAGUCCUCAUCCCUAUCAAGAUUUCGAUCCAGUUCCUGAGUGGCAGGAGGAAUUCGAGAGCUGCGAGUGUCCGGAUGAUGCCUAUGGUUCCCCGAGACCCAGUUUGGGACAAACUUCCAUAUGCUAUGAACCCCAUGUGGGGAGAUCUCGGAGUUGCAGCCCCAUUGAAUCCCAAAGACAUUUUAGGCGGGAUAACAGUCCCGAUGGAACUUACUCAUUGCCAGUUUCGUAUCGAAACACCAGUACUUGCAGAAGCCAGACUUAUCUAAAGGACAGUAGGUCCUCCAGUACAGAUUGCCAGGCGGAACAAACAGGAUACUUUGAAUUUCCAAUUGAAACACCUACACCUUCGUGUCGUGUUUGCCCCGAAUGUGAUGGAUCCGAUUCUGUUUGCGACAAGAAGGCUCGCUGUGUCACCUUCAAGGACGAGCAGGGGGACUGCAGUGUCACCGAUUGGGAAGGGGCCAUGCUGGGCGAUGGUCAGGAGGAUCAAAACCUAUCAGUUCCCCAGACAUGUAGAUCCAGCAGCUCUGCGGAGCACACUUGCCUCGAAUCCCAGUGCGGCGAGGACUGUGCCAGUUGCGGAAGGACUUCCACACAAACAGACCGUGACAUUCCACCGUUCGAGGCCUGCCCCUGUAUGUAUCAGACCUAUCUGAGUCUAGCCGCCAUGUGCCAGCCCCAUAACCGAUACAUACAGUGACAGUUCCUCGAACAAACACAAACAACAGACAGUCCAUACACUUUUCCUUUGAGUUUCUAGCUUCUUAAUUUAUAUAUUUUGUACAUUUAUUAAAUUUGAGUUACACAAC